AGGAACCUAAAUAACCCAUUCAACGUCGCCGGCGGAAGGAAAUUAAAGACGGACACGCUUUCGAAAACGGCAAGAGCAACAACACCAACUCACUUCGUCACUGUCUACUGCUCUUUAAAAAGAUUUCCCAAGUUUAUUUAACUUAAUUUCAUAGUUUUUGAUGUGAUGGGUCGCAGCAGAUCCACUGAAAGAGCCGACAAAGACAAAAAACAGGCGAAGAAGAAACGGAGACGGUCUUCUUCUUCUUCUUCUUCGUCGUCUUCAUCGUCUUCCUCGUCCAGCAGCAGGAGUCGAAGCAGAUCGUCAAAGAACGCACCACACAAAACACAAGAUGUGAAAACACAGAGAAAGAAGCGAAGAAGAAGCUCCUCUUCCUCCUCGUCCACUUCUUCUUCUUCCUCCUCCUCGUCGUCAUCUUCCUCCUCGUCCAGCGAUGAGAAGACUAAAAAGAAAAAGGGUAAAGCCAAGAGGAAGAAGUCGAAGAAGAAGAAGGCGAAGCUAAAGAAACAGAAGAAGAAGGAGAAGAAGAAGAAAGAGAAGCUGAAGAAGAAGGAGAAGAAGAAGAAGGCGACAACAGAGGCGGUGUUGUUAAGUCCUCCAGCAGAGAAACCUCCAUCUUACCUGGAGGUGUGGCAGAGUGAUGAGGGGACAGUGGAGCUCGGACCUGCGAUGACAGACGAGCAGAAGGCCCGACUCUCCACUAAGCGGCCUCUCACAAAAGAGGAGUACGAGGCCAGACAGAGUGUGAUCCGCAGGGUUGUGGACCCAGAGACGGGACGGACCAGGUUGGUGAGAGGAGAAGGAGAGAUCAUCGAGGAGAUUGUCAGCCGAGAAAAACAUAAAGACAUCAACAAGCAAGCCACCAAGGGAGACGGGAACGCCUUCCAGAGGAAACUUGGUAUCAACAGGUAGAAGAUGCCGUGAUCUGCCUCAAUAAGCUGAAUUUUAUCACAACUUUAAACGUCUGCCUGUGAUUAAACUGGAUAAUAUCAAAGUACACUUACAAGUUUAAAACAGGAAAAAGAAUCUCCUCUUGAUUUGCCUUAUUACAUCCAUGUUGAUCACAAAGGAGACAUAAAGAGAAGCAGACGAGACUUGAAUGUUUUGGGUCAGCUGCCACAGGAACUCUACACAAGGUGAAGGUGUCCCAAAUAGUUUGCACAUUCAAUGUUUGUUUACGCUGAUAAAUGCUUAUUUAUUUUAUCUUUUUAAAAAAAAAAAAAAAAAAGCA